AUGAAGAGUUCAUUUAUCCUGUUUAACAUACUAGUAGCGGGCGUGUUGGCAAUUCCAACGCGUACUGACUACGUCCUCCACGAACGUCGCGAUGCUAUACCAAGCCACUGGACUGGAGAGAAGCGUCUGAACGGCCAGACCGUGCUGCCCAUGCGAAUUGGUCUGACUCAGUCCAAUUUGGACCGUGGUCAUGACCUUCUCAUGGAAGUGUCCACUCCCGGCUCCUAUCGGUACGGCGACCACCUGACGGUUGACGAUGUCCAUGAUCUAUUUGCUCCCUCUCAAGAAAGCAUAGAUAGCGUCCGCUCGUGGCUGGAAUCUGCGGGCAUUGCCCCCGAUCGUAUCUCCCAGUCGACGAACAAGCAAUGGCUACAGUUCGAUGCAGGCGCCGAUGAGGUCGAACAGCUUUUAAAGACAGAGUUUUACCGUUACUCGCACGCUGGUACUGGUCGGUCCCAUGUAGCUUGUCGCGAAUACCACGUCCCAGAAAGUGUGCAAUCGCACAUCGACUAUAUCACACCAGGCAUUAAGCAUCUGGAGAUUCGAGAGGAGCGACCGAUUGAGAAGCGUAGCCUUGACAAGCGGUCAUUCGGUAUUCUACCACCAAUCCUCCGACCAUUGACCAUGCCUUUGGAGGAGCUACUAGGCCAGUUGCUGGCGUUGUGCGAUGUAGCUGUAACACCCGCUUGCAUUCAGGCUAUGUACAACGUAACCGACGGUGACAAGGCGACAAAGGGCAACGAGCUCGGUAUCUUUGAGGAUCUUGGUGAUGUCUAUAGCCAGGAUGACCUGGACCUCUUCUUCUCAACUGUAGCCCAUAAGAUCCCCACAGGCACACACCCAAUCCUCAACGCCAUAGACGGAGCCCAAGCUCCAGCAGACACCACAAACGCAGGCACAGAAUCCGACCUCGACUUCGAGAUCUCCUACCCACUCAUCUGGCCGCAGAACAGCAUCCUCUUCCAAACCGACGACCCCAUCUACCAAAACAACUACACCUACAACGGCUUCCUGAACAACUUCCUCGACGCCAUCGACGGCUCCUACUGCAGCGAGACCUCCCCCCUAGACCCACCCUACCCCAACCCAGCCGACGGCGGGUACAAAUCCCCCCGCCAAUGCGGCGUCUACAAGCCCACAAACGUAAUCUCGAUCUCCUACGGCGGCGCAGAAGCCGACCUCCCGAUCGCCUACCAGCGCCGCCAAUGCCAAGAGUUCAUGAAACUGGGCCUACAGGGCGUCUCCAUCGUCGUGGCCUCCGGCGACUCGGGCGUCCAGGGUCGCGGUGGCUCCCCAACGCCCAGCGGCUGCCUGGGUAAAGAUAAUAAAGUCUUCGCCCCGGAUUUCCCUGCAACUUGUCCCUACCUCACCACCGCAGGAGGCACAUAUCUCCCCCCUGGGGCCGACGUACACGCCCACGAAGAACAAGCAACAACAAGCUUCCCCUCCGGUGGCGGGUUCAGUAAUAUUUACAAAAGACCAGACUACCAGAACGCCGCCGUCGAGGAGUACUUCAACACCGCCCAGCUCUCGUACCCGUACUACGAAAGCGUCGAUAAUAGCAGUUUUGCCGCCAACGGUGGAAUCUACAACCGGAUCGGGAGGGCUUAUCCCGACGUUGCUGCUAUCGCGGAUAAUGUACUGGUGUUUAAUAAAGGGUUGCCGACGUUGGUUGGGGGGACGUCUGCCGCGGCGCCGGUUUUUGCGGCGCUGUUGACGAGGAUUAAUGAGGAGAGACUUGCCGCUGGGAAGAAGACGGUGGGGUUUGUCAAUCCCGUGUUGUAUGCUAAUCCCCAGGUGUUUUUUGAUGUCACGAAGGGGAGUAAUCAGGGCUGUGGCACGGAUGGAUUUCCCGCUGCUAAGGGGUGGGAUCCCGUUACUGGGCUGGGGACGCCGAAUUAUCCGAAGUUGUUGGAGUUGUUUAUGGGGUUGGAUUGA